UCCGGGUCACGGGGUUAAAGGCUGAAAUGUUUUGGUUUUGAAGUCAUCCUCACUUCCAGACAGUUUUUUUGGAAAGAGACUUUGUAUAUAAGCGACUUUACACUUGCAAGUAGCGGCACAGAUGGAUGAUUUGCACAGACACCGUUCACUUUAUAAAGGAACAACUCCGCCAUGGAAAGAAACAUACCGUAAGCGUUGUGUAGACAGACUAAAAAACAGCCGGUCGAGGCUACUGGAGAGAUAUCGUCAGAAUGCAGAGAGCCAGCAGGGCUGCGGCUCCGGGGCCUCCAUCAUCGUCCAGGAGGUGAUGGAGGAGGAGUGGACCGCCCUGCAAUCAGAGGACCGGAGACUGCCCUCGCUGUGGGGGCCAGAGGGCAUGGCAGAGAUGUUUGGUGUCAUGAAGGAGUAUGAUGAACUGGCAGUACUGGAAGAAAUCCAACAGGAGCUAAUGUCUCAAGAAAUGUCUAUUAUUGAAGAAUACGAGAGGAACUUGCAGUUUGAGCAGCAGUACAUAACAUCUGUUGUGGAGGGGAUGGAGGAGAUGCAGGAAAUGCAUAUUAUUUGCCCCAUAUGUCACAUGAACAACUUGACCGUCAACAGCCAUUUCAUCUCCUGCCGCUGUGGAAUGUACAUUAACACUAAGAAUCAGAACAUCACCCCAGAUAUCCUGCGGCAUCUUCUGGAGUCCCGGGUGUCGGAGCACAUGGAGGACUGUCUCCACAACCCUGUUUUCUCUGUAGCUCCCAACACAGACAGUUCUUCCAACCUGAUGAUUAGCUGCAAGGUUUGUGACUACCUGUCCAUUGUCCUGUGAAAGCAGACACUGUUUAUGAGUGACUUGUAAAAUUAGCUUUUUAAUCCUCUCUCUGUAUGUUUUGUGAAAUAAAGACUAUUUAUUUAAUAUUUAA